AUGGAAAAAGGCAUCAACCCUGCUCGCAAAGAUAGCCUUCUUUCCCGGUAUCCACCUGACAGCCAGAUCCAUCUUGAUCGGCCGACAGUUGUGUGUGACAAGUUCGGUAUCAUCAUCCUCUGGUAUCUUCCGGGCACAAUUGAUCUGGCGAUACAAAAUGACAUGGCGGCGGCUACUGCAAUAAUGUCAGUUCCACUGGCUAGAAGUGUGACAAGCAGCGCCGCCACGAAUAAUCAAUGGAGGACCCAUUCUUCAAACUUUUAUCCAAGUCAAUGUGGCGGUACUCCGGGGUGUAUCAAUCUGUCCCCAGCAUGGUUUUUGCAAGGUCACCCGGUGACGACUCUUAAACUGUUUGACAGACAGUCUUUCUGUCAGGCAAUGCAGAGACCGGCAGCGCUCAUCGCUGCUGCAUUGAGAGUCAUGCACCCUAACCUCUAUUGGUCAUCAUUGGCAACGAAGCUAGCCUUGGGUCUCUGGGCAGCUGACAAGAAAUUGGACGAAAUGGGAGAUCGUCUCAGAGAGUGGGCAUCCGUAUUCACCGCACUCACUAUCGUAUGCAACUGGUGUUCGCCGAUGCACCGUGAUCCGCUGUCAUGUCCCCAAUGGUUUGACAUCAUGACCACCUUCGGCAAUUAUGGAGUAGCAAGGAUGAAGAUGCCAAAUUUAGGCAUUGAAAGUGUCUACCCGGCAGGUUCUAUGAUUGCUGGAUCAGGAUGA